AUGAACAAAAUCACAAACACCCAGCAGACGGACGAACAGGGGGAGCCCGUGAACAAAGCUGCUUUCUUAGUGGGCUCAUUAAAGAAAGAGGAAAAAGACGGAAAAGAACCCGGAUGUACAGUAGUGUUGCACCUCCCCCCUCCGCCAUCGCUUUUUGACAAAGCGAGCCUCCUCCUCCGCUUACUGUCCCCUCCCAGCGGCUCUCACUCCCUUUACCACUGCAGUGGAAGCCUCCGUAAAGGAGAGAGACGGCGAAGAGAGUCUGAAGCUGAUUAUAAAUCCAGGACCAGACUUCCGAGAGGCACCUCCACCUCAUUUUUCUGUAUUUUCGCCACAGCUCGGCGGCCUGCUGACUCUUCCUGUGUAAGAUCUGUUCCGUUCUCGUUGCCUGGAUUUCAUCAUCCGACCUGCAAGAUGGGAAAUGAAGCCAGUUACCCCCUGGAGAUGUGCUCACAUUUCGAUGCUGAUGAGAUUAAGAGGCUAGGGAAGAGGUUUAAGAAACUCGACCUAGAUAACUCCGGCUCACUCAGCGUGGAGGAGUUCAUGUCUCUGCCCGAGCUGCAACAGAACCCGUUGGUGCAGAGGGUUAUCGACAUAUUCGACACGGAUGGAAAUGGAGAGGUGGACUUCAAAGAGUUUAUUGAAGGAGUCUCACAGUUUAGUGUCAAAGGGGACAAAGAACAAAAGCUGCGAUUCGCAUUCAGGAUCUACGACAUGGACAAGGAUGGCUACAUCUCCAAUGGCGAGCUUUUCCAAGUACUGAAGAUGAUGGUAGGCAACAACUUGAAGGACACGCAGCUCCAGCAGAUUGUGGACAAGACCAUUAUAAAUGCAGACAAGGACGGAGAUGGCAGGAUAUCUUUUGAAGAGUUCUGCGCAGUGGUUGGCGGUCUCGAUAUACACAAAAAGAUGGUGGUGGACGUGUGAGCGCCCCCCGCCUCCCCUACGCUGACUCCCCCUCCUUGCCCUCGACACUCGCUUUCUCCACAAUCUGAAGUUCUGCUAAAGACAUCAGGCGAAACGCUCUGUGUGUAACUCAAUGGAAGUAUUCUGUCUUUCUCUCUCUGGAGCCACCUUUUCUUUCAGAACCACGGGCCUCGUGAAGCCAACUUUGAAGUGUUAUUGAACUGUCGAUCCUCAAUAACCCGCUCGUAGCACAUCGAGACUGAAGGGCGUCCGUUACUCAAGAGCACCUCCGGUUUGGGUGAGAGGGCAGGAAAGAGGGAAAGGGGGGUGCAGUGAAGAGGCUGGUUGGCUUGUUCAUAUUUCAUCCUUUUUUCUUUUUUUGUUAAGCGUUUAUUUUUUAUAUUUAUUUUUUUGUUCUUGUCUUUUAUAAAGAAGAAAAAAAUACAAGUAUAUCUCCGGUUGUUUUUGUGAGAGGAAGUGUGAAGUGUUUGAACCGUCGGGUAUGAAGUGCCAACCAGAACAUAUCCACACACACCAGUUCAGCUUUUUACCCUCCGCGGUCGCCACACUUCCACCUGCACCACUGCACCACCGUCACGUUAGAUCCAGAACGUUGGUUCACAUUUUCUCUUCGUCUCGCUCGCGCAGUUUGAACCAACCAGUAAAGCUUCCAGCCGCUCUCGGUUAGCAAAGCAACUCCUUUUUUUUUUUUUUUUGCAACAAAUCUGCUAGUUUUAUUUAUAUUUAAGAACUUUUUUUUUUUGGUGGUGGUGGAGAUUCUCCUUGUUUCCUGUCGUAAAAUUCUAGGUAGAUAAAUUAAUGCCAAGAAAAUGUCUUUCCAAAUAAAGAAAAAUUACAAAAAAAUAAAUUAACGGUGGCUUCAAACGGAGACGUGGUUUAUUCCGUAAAAGCGUCCGUAAGAUGAUCUCGAACGAACCGAAGCUCGGUUCUCGCUGUCGCCGCCGCGAGGACAAAGCGAUGUAAGCGACUUACCUGCAGGCAGCAUUUCUGAACCAGUAUGUGUAUAUUAGGUCGUCGGUGUGUCCUCAUCUUGUCGAUCGGGUCAGGGAGGGGGGUCCGUCUCUGCUCGAGCCAUUCUGGAUGUCGGCUCCGAUUCUCUUCCGCGCAGACACCUGAGAUCUUAACGCGUUAGCAUGAUCAGUGUGCAGCUUGGUAGCUUUAGGGUUUUCUUUGGAGCGUGUACAUUUCAAAAGUUGGCUUCCACUUCCACUUCCUGUUCACUCAUUAAACCCAAAUUCAACCUUUAGUUUGAGGACAAAUGCUUCCUGCUGUAAACUGCAUCGGGAUAAGUGUUGGUUUUGCUGCGGACACCAACUGCUGGUUUUAACAGGUAGUUUCAGUCAGAUCUGGAGUGCUCGACCCCCCCGCCCCCACCUCCCCACCCCAAAGCUCUGCACGGCUUGGGCCUCCCUGUGCUUGCAUGACAUGGAAGUAUAUUAUUUUGUUGUGCAUGUAGAUCAAUUUUUUGAACUAAAACUCUUGUUUACACAUGAAUGGUGAUGUUAAUAUAUUUAAGAACUUAACGGUAUACAAUAUGGAUGUUGCCAAACUUUGGUAAAUGUACACAUAUUCUGAGCGGUAAUCCAAAUGAACUGAACUACAUGUAAGUUUUUGUAUUUUACCCGGGUCAGCGAGAUGCUUCGAUUCCAGUCAAAGUUGCAUAUCUGAUCCUGUCUCAAACUGCCACACACUGUACUCAGCUUAAAGGGGAAAUUUGAUGUUUUUGUUUUUUUUCUUUUUGUAUAUAAGUAUUUGUUAAAUGCAGUUCUGGCUCUCUGUUCUUUGUAUAGUUCAGACCGCGCUUUAGUUUGUAAGUACUACUUUUCUCAGAGGGGCUUGGGUUUUCUUUUACGUUUGUGUGGGAGUAUCUGAAAAGAUAAAAGUUUGAGAAAGCGUUUUUCCCUUUUUCUGCAUGCUGCAUAUUCUGCUGUGGGACUGUUGGAAACUUGAUACUGUAUGAAAAUGAAAUAAAAUUUAAGUAAACUUUAAUAUGUUGUAAGUA